GAUUGUUGUUGACAGAAAGGUUGCGACACUUUCUACGAGUUUUGAAACGUGCAAAAAUUGUGAGGUUACCUCACGAGGUUAAUCGCAAUGGUCGUUGCUGUCGUAACAUAAAUCAGUGUUCAAAAUAUUCUCGUAACAUUUUAUACAUGUAAAUUUUUCUAAAAUUAUUUUGGCAUGACGACGCGUUACAUUUCCUGUUCGUGCAAUCGCAUUCCCCAUUGCGCCGAUUGGGGUAGCAACGAUCUCGUUUGCUUCGGAACAUGCAACGCGAUCGCUAUAUACGAGCCGUCCACGCAAAUCGGCCGCAUCACUCAGACACUGCAUCGGCAUCACGAUCAUGUCAACACGGUGCGCUGGAUAAAGCCGGGGAACGGCGCACCGGAAUUAGAAUUGCUGUCCGGUUCCGUGGACGGUACCGUGAUCAUUUGGAGCAAAGAUCGUGAAGCCAACACUUUCCGAGAUACCUCGGUGUUGGAUGUAAAGAAUAUCGUUACAUUUGUCGAUUCUCUUCAAUUAUCCGCUAAUGAUUCGUUUGCCACGACUCUCCCAAAGCUGUUGAUAUGCGUAGGCUCGAUGAAUGGAGAAUUAAAAUUAUGGUCAAGACAAGAGAAUGCAGAUGUCAAAGUCAUUCAGACUAUUUCCUUUGGAAAAAAAUUACCGAUAUAUUGUCGUUUGACAUAUCUGCCGAAUACCAAAUUUCCCCUUCUGGCUGUAGCAUUGGAGGAUACUUCUAUCUCACUGUAUACUAAAGAUUCUGAUAUACUGGAAUCAAACUUUAUCAAAGUUCAGAUUUUAACUGGACAUGAAGACUGGGUGAGAUGUAUGGACUUUACUCACGACAGCCAGGGAAAUGCCUUUCUUGCAACAGGCUCACAAGAUAACAUGAUACGAUUAUGGAAGAUUAGCGAAACUGUUGUGCAACCACCAAGCGAUGAAUUAGAACAGAAGAAAGAUAUUUUUACAAUAAAUGACAGAGAAUAUAAUGUUACUCUGGAAUCUGUUCUUUGUGGUCAUGAAGGCUGGGUUUAUGGAGUACAUUGGCAACCUACAGAAGGGAAAAACAGUAACAAUAUGAGAUUAUUAUCUUCUUCAUUGGACAAGUCUAUGAUUAUAUGGGAGUUAGAUGACACCACUGGAAUCUGGAUAGAAAAAGUACGCGUCGGGGAAGUCGGUGGUAAUUCUCUGGGCUUCUACGGUUGUAAAUUCAGUUCAAAUGGACUACACAUAAUGGCACAUGGUUUUCAAGGUUCUUUUCAUAUCUGGAAAUAUUCUCAGGAAAUUGCAAAUUGGAUUCCAGCGUCUGCACCUAGCGGCCACUUUUCUGAAGUAGUGGACUUAUGCUGGGAACCUAAAGGAAGAUUUCUCGUCACAGCCAGUACAGAUCAAACCACAAAAAUUCAUGCACCAUGGAAGGAUGGUCUUAAAGAGUUAUGGCACGAGAUUGCGCGUCCUCAAGUACACGGAUAUGAUAUGACAUGCUUAGUUAUGUUAGCACCCUACAUGUACGCUUCCGGGGCAGAAGAGAAAGUGGUGCGCGUUUUUACAGCCACGUCAGCAUUUAGAGAUCGUUUAAGAUUGCUAGCAGAUACUGAGGACUUCAAAUUCACAGCCCAUGGUGCUACUGUACCCGCCCUUGGAUUGACCAAUAAAGCAACGUUUAAUAAAAAAGUUGAUCAGUGCGAAAGUAAAGAGAAGCCAGCGAUAAAUAUUGUAUAUAAACCACCUACAGAAGAAGAAUUGGCACAAAAUACACUUUGGCCAGAGUUGCAAAAGCUUUAUGGACAUGGCUACGAGAUAUUUUGCAUGGCGGCGAGACGUGAUGGACAAUUGCUAGCCACGGCAUGCAAAUCAACUAGUGUAGAACAUUCGGCAAUCAUAUUAUGGAGCACUGACACAUGGUCGCAAGUUCAGAAACUAGUCUCCCACCAAUUGACCGUGACGCAAAUGGAAUUCUCUCCAAAUGGCAAAUAUUUGCUAUCUGUUUCCAGGGACAGAAGAUGGUCGUUGUUCAAAGAUGAGGGCGGAAGUUAUACGUUAGUCGCUGUCAGUUCAAAGAAAGACAGUCCACACUCGCGAAUAAUUUGGUGUUGCGCUUGGACACAGAAUUCAAGAUACUUUGCCACUGGUUCCAGAGAUGGAAAAAUUGGUAUAUGGUCCACGAAGAUGAUGGAUGAUAAUACUGAAGGUGUUAUACUAGAGACGACACUAAGCAUACAAAACCAAUCAGUCACAGCAUUGUGUUUUGCAUCGAGCUGCACGCAAGGAUCUUAUAUUUUAGCCAUCGGAUGUGAAACUGGACGCAUAGACAUUCAAAAGAUCACUAUGAACGCAGAGAAUGUAUGGUCACAACUUGUGACAUACGAUACUUCCCAGGCUCAUCAUUUGACUGUGAAAAGACUUAUGUUUCGACCUGACAAUGAAGAUUCAUCCAAUACAUUGCAAUUAGCAAGUUGUAGUUUGGAUUAUUCCGUUAAGAUACAUGAUAUAGAUCUAUCAAAAUUAUCAAUAAAAACAUGAUUUUUACAAUA